GCAACAGAUUCUCUCAAAUCCAUAACAAAAAUCCAACCACUAACGCUAGUAAAAUUAUUGAAUACAAGCGAUUCUGUCCAGAUAAUUUACCUAGAAAGGAGAAAGUUACGCGUCAUCUAUAUAUAUCUCCGUCGACAUACACAUAUACAUACAUUCUCCCUGUGUCUAUACGGUCGUGGCGGCAGUCUCCAGCAUGGGAAGCGAAGUGCGGAUGAAAGUAUUCGGUGCAGAUGAAGCGAGCGAGCUUAUGAAGGAAUUGAGAAUCACCGCCGCCUCCGGCAGGACACGGAGCUACGAUUGGCGAGUGGCUCAGCUGAAGAAUCUGUUGAAGAUAUGCGAAUAUCAUGAACCAGAGAUUGUCGCUGCUCUGCGUGAGGACCUAUCCAAGCCUGAACUCGAAUCCAUACUCUACGAGGUCGCCAUACUGAAGAACUCAAUUGGGUUGGCACUCAAGGAACUGAAACACUGGAUGAUGCCAGAAAAGGCUAAAACUUCAAUUACAACUUUUCCUUCAUCAGCUGAAAUCGUGCCAGAACCGUUGGGCGUUGUAUUGUUAAUCUCAGCUUGGAACUAUCCUUUUUUGUUGUCUCUUGAUCCACUAGUUGGAGCAGUUGCAGCCGGUAAUGCUGCUGUUCUAAAGCCCUCAGAAAUUUCUCCAGCUACGUCCUCAUUGCUUGCAAAAUUGGUUGGAGAAUAUAUGGAUAGCUCUGCUAUAAGGGUUGUUGAAGGGGCUGUUGCUGAAACGACUGCAUUAUUGGAGCAGAAGUGGGACAAAAUAUUUUACACAGGAAAUGGAAGAAUUGGACGUAUUGUGAUGGCCGCUGCUGCAAAGCACCUGACACCUGUUGUUAUGGAGUUAGGUGGAAAAUCUCCAGUUGUUGUUGACUCGGGCAUCAAUCUACAAGUUGCAGCUCGGCGCAUAAUUGCAGGGAAAUGGGGCUGUAAUAAUGGACAAGCAUGCAUUUCUCCUGACUACAUUAUCACAACAGAAGAUUAUGCUCCGAAAGUGGUGGAUGCCCUGAAGGGUGAACUUGAGGCAUUUUAUGGGAAGAAUCCGCUGCUGUCAAAGGACUUAUCCCGUAUUGUCAAUUCCAAUCACUUUGCUCGCUUGAUAAAGCUCUUGGAUGAGGAUAAGGUUUCUAGUAAAAUUGUAUAUGGAGGUGAAAGGGACAGUGCCAACCUGAGAAUUGCUCCAACCAUCUUGCUUGAUGUCCCACGAGAUUCUCUGAUAAUGACUGAGGAAAUAUUUGGCCCUCUGCUCCCAAUUAUUACGGUUGACAAAUUGGAAGACAGUUUUGAUGUGAUAAACUCGGGAACAAAGCCACUUGCAGCAUAUUUAUUCACCAAUGACAAGAAAUUGAAGCAGAAAUUUGUAAUGACCGUCUCCGCAGGGGGGCUAGUUGUCAACGACACUACUGUCCAUGUUGCAGUGCACACAUUACCAUUCGGGGGAGUUGGGGAGAGUGGUAUAGGCGCAUACCAUGGGAAAUUCUCCUUUGAUGCUUUCAGUCAUAAAAAAGCAGUUCUAUAUCGAAGUCUUGCCGGCGAUGCAGCCAUCAGGUAUCCACCAUAUACAGAUGGGAAGCUAAGAUUGCUUAAGGCUAUGAUUGGUGGGAAUAUAAUGGGCAUAAUCCGAGCCCUGCUCGGAUUUGCUUAGGUUUAUAAGCACUAAUGUGGGGUUCUCUGGAGUGUUAAGUUUUCUUUGUAAAUUUUUUUAAAGGACGCGUUCGGUUCAGCAUGUAUUUAUUGUUGGUUCUUGUUACAGUCAUUGAUAGAAUUUGAUUAUAAGCAUCUUCUUCUGAAAUUGGAAAUAAAAAGAAAAAUUAUGAUGGUGAAAUAGAAUUGAAUGAGGCACCUGUUUCUCCA